GCGGGGUCCGACGAACGAAACACACACCACGCCUUCUUCACGAUCUCCCGUCCCGUCCGCCCACCGCGCCGCGCUCCUACCGCCCCGCCGAGCACUCACCCGCCUCGGUUCGCGCGCCCCUGCAGCAGCCAGGCCCGGGGCGGGCGGUUGUCGUCGGCCGCGGCCGGGGGGUCAUGGAGGAUCUGGGCAUCGAGGCGAAGGAGGCGGCGGUGCGCGAGGUGGCGAAGCUGCUCCCGCUCCCGGAGCUCCUCUCCUCCAUCGCAUCCAUCAAAUCCGACUACCUCGCGCGGCAGCAGACAAAUGAUGCACAGCUAAGUACAAUGGUAGCAGAGCAGGUUGAGCAAGCCCAUGCUGGCAUCAAUGCUCUUGCACUAUCUCAGGAAACAAUUAACAAUCUACGUGAGAACUUCAUAGAUAUAGACAAGUUGUGCCAGGAGUGUCAAACAUUGAUUGAGAACCACGACAAGAUUAAGCUUCUUAGCAACGCAAGAAACAAUCUGAACACAACUUUAAAGGAUGUGGGAGGUAUGAUGUCUAUUUCUGUUGAAGCAUCUGCAGCACGUGACUCGCUAAGUGAUGACAAAGAGUUAAUUCACACCUAUGAGAGGUUAACAGCUCUUGAUGGAAAGAGGCGUUUUGCUUUAGCUGCUGCUGGAUCUCACAAGGAAGAAGUUGGUCGAUUGAGAGAAUACUUUGAAGAUGUUGAUCGUACAUGGGAAACGUUUGAGAAAGCAUUGUGGGGCCAUGUCACUAACUUUUUCAGACUUUCAAAAGAUAGCCCUCAGACGUUAGUUCGAGCAUUAAGGGUUGUUGAAAUGCAAGAGAUCCUAGAUCAACAACUCGCAGAAGAAGCAGCUGAGGCUGAGGGUGCAGGUGCUAUGGCGACAAUAGCAAACCAGCGCAGAACUGCAAACAGAAAAGGUGCAGGAGCAACAACUACCCCAAGAAGCACUCAAGAUAAAUCAAAGGUCCAGGGAAAGGGCUACAAGGACAAAUGCUAUGAGUUUGUCGGGAAGGCUGUUGAGGCUCGCUUCAACAAAUUGCUCACUGAGCUUGUUUUCUCAGAAGAUUUGAUGGAAGCUUUGGAGGAAGCUAAGGCAAUUGGAGAUGAGCUUGGCGAUAUCUAUGACUAUGUUGCACCAUGUUUUCCUCCUAGAUAUGAAAUUUUCCAGCUCAUGGUAAACCUGUAUACUGAAAGGUUCAUCCAGAUGCUAAGGCUUCUCAGUGAUAGGGCAAAUGACAUUCAAAAUAUAAAUAUUCUUAAGGUAACAGGUUGGGUUGUGAAAUACCAAGAAAAUCUUAUCGGUCUUGGUGUGGAUGACUCUCUUGCCCAAGUUUGUUCAGAAAGUGGUGCAUUGGAUCCCCUAAUGAAUAUGUAUGUCGAACGUAUGCAAGCAACAACUAAGAAAUGGUACAGUAACAUUUUGGAGGCUGACAAAACACAACCACCUAAAAGUACAGAGGACGGGAAACUAUAUACACCUGCAGCUGUGGAUUUAUUCAGAAUAUUGACUGAGCAAGUGCAGAUUGUUAGAGAAAAUAGCACAGACGUCAUGUUGUAUCGUAUUGCUCUUGCAGUUAUACAGGUCAUGCUUGAUUUUCAAGCAGCUGAAAGGCAAAGACUUGAGGAACCAGCUUCUGAUGUUGGUUUGGAAUCUCUGUGCGCGUUGAUUAACAACAACCUGCGCUGCUAUGAACUUUCAUCAGAGCUAAGUAGCAGCACAUUGGAAGCGCUUCCACAAAACUAUGCUGAACAGGUUAAUUUUGAAGAUACUUGCAAAGGAUUUCUUGAGGUUGCCAAGGAGGCAGUCCUUCAAACUGUCGGCGUUAUUUUUGAAGACCCAGGUGUGCAGGAUCUACUAGUGAAACUUUAUCAAAAAGACUGGAUGGAUGGAAUGGUUACAGAAUAUCUUGUCGCAACAUUUGCCGAUUAUUUCGGGGAUGUCAAACAAUAUAUUGAAGAAAGAUCAUUUCGAAGAUUUGUGGAGGCUUGCCUAGAGCAAACAAUUGUGGUAUAUGUUGAUCAUCUACUUACUCAGAAAAACCAUAUAAAAGAAGACACAAUUGAAAGGAUGCGGCUUGAUGAAGAAGUGCUUAUGGAUUUCUUCAGAGAACACAUUAAUGUGACAAAAGUUGAAAACAGAGUGCGGAUUCUGGCUGAUCUAAGGGAGCUUGCUUCAGCUGAGAGUCUGGAUACUUUUACUCUCAUCUAUACAAAUAUCCUAGAACAUCAACCAGAUUGCCCGCCUGAGGUUGUUGAGAAGCUUGUGGGAAUGAGGGAAGGCAUUCCAAGGAAGGAAGCCAAAGAGGUUGUACAAGAGUGCAAGGAGAUAUACGAGAAUUCUCUUGUAGACGGCAACCCUCAAAAGUCUGGUUUUGUCUUUGGUAAAUUGAAGUGCCUGACAGCACGGAAAGGCAUAUGGAGGAAGCUUGGACAGUAAAUAUGCUGCGACAUUGAGUAGAGCGAAUUCGCGUACGAAAGAGAAUUGUUUCAUGUUCCUGUGAUAAUUCUUUUGUUUAUUUGUUGAAGCUUAUUGUCGCUACUCGCUACACAUAUAACAUGCCUUUUUGUGUGAUUUUUUUUACGGGAAGAGCUUAGGGUCUAUAUUUCUCUUUGUGGUAGCAACAGAUGAUUUAAGUGUAUAGAUUGAAACUUUUUGAAACUAUAUUACUCCUUCCGUUUCGUAAUAUAAGACUUUCUAGCAUUGCCUAGAUUUAU